CUAAGAACGUGACAAUUUACAGGAAACAACCCAAAGUUGUGACGGAUAUUUAUUGCGUUUGUUCGCAACAAAUGGUGAAUCUGAAAUCAACAAUUUGUGAAAGGAGCCCAACGGAGAAAACUUGCCAACAUUAGGAUCUUUGUAAACAGUGUUUCUUCAAAAUGCACCAGUACAUUGCUCUUGUCCUCGGUUCUCUUACAAUACAUAACGGUCUCGGGUCAGUGCUGGGAGAGGUGCUCGUACCUCAGAACGUAACCCUGUCGACCAUGAACACACAGUACAUUUUGAUUUGGGACUGGGACCAGAACAGCACUGGCCGCCCUGCUACCUUCACUGCGGAGUACAUAGCGACGGUCAAGUUGGCGAGGAAUAAAACCUGGGUUUCUGUAUGCAAUGGGACCACUGCCGCCUUCUGUGACUUCACCGGCUCUAAUCUGAUCUACCUUGGCACGUUUAUGUUCAGGGUGCGUGCCAGUGUGGACGGACACACCUCCAAAUGGGUCCAGAAAGUCUUCUGCCCUCAUAAAGAUGCUGUGCUGGGGCCUCCGUCCAAGGUGGAGCUGGCGCCUGCUGGUAACCUGCUGGACGUGUACAUCUCCGCCCCGCUGACCAGCACCCAAGUCCCCAUGAGAAUUUUCCGCGCCAUAUAUUACCGCAUAGAGUACUGGAGCCAAUGGGAUGAUCCCCAGGGCCUGAAGCGAGAAGUGCUAAACACAUCCCACACCCUGGUGACCCUCCCCGGGCUGGACGCCUGGACCCGGUACUGUGUCACUGUCCAGGCCCGCUACGACUACUACAACAAGGCCAGUUGCUACAUAGCGCCCAUGUGCAUGCAGACUGAGGGUGACACCCCACAUUGGCAGAUCUUCCUGUACUUCCUGAUGGCUCUGGUGUGUUUCCUGUUGGUGUUGCUGCUCUGCUACGCCAAGUUCAGGUGCUACAAGGUCCUCAAAAACACCUUCUACCCCUCAAACCAGCUGUCUUAUCACAUCCAGGAGUACCUCUACGACUUCCCCAGCUCGGACCUGCCCUGCCUCCUCACCCCGGACUCGGAGUUGUGCUGCGACAGGCUGAGUGUGUGUCCCGAGGUGGUGCUGCUGGAGGUCCACGUCCCCCCUCCCGUCACGGAGUCGGAGCAGGACAGCGGCAGGCACAUCCGCCAGGACAGCGGGGACUCUGGUAUGCACUCCACAGAGGGAGGCUCCGCCCAGCAGCACUGUUGCAGCAGCGCAGGGAGUGAGCCAGUCGGGAGAGACCAGGAAGUGGACUCCUUGCAGAUGGCGGAGAAGGUGCGGAUGAAGGAGAUGGGGAAAACCCCUGUAGAUGGAGUUGUGGACGAGGGCGUUGGGGCCAUUUUUGGCCAUUGUUGAUGAUUGGAUAAUUGUAAUGGAUUAGUCCCCGCUUACUGCUCCACGUAUGUGAGCAAAGAUGACGUCUCACAGAGCUAAAACAUCUCUUUAAAAUGUACUAAUACUAAGAAGGGCUAAUAUACCUCCUUAAGGUUCCAUCCCUAGCCACAAGUGACAUUUACCGUUGGAAUCCUUGGCGGGGAAAACGGCUAUGUCCGUUUCAGAUGUUACAACGAAGACGGCACUUCAGACAGCGAACACUGCUUUCCUCCGCCUCCAUCGCCAUGGCGCACUCAAUCCAACCAUCCAACAGAGUAUUUUCCCACAGUCACCAGGCCGCUGGAGGUUUACCGGCGGCUUGCUUUCACCAGUAGCACGUCUCUGCUCUGGACGGCGUCUCUCUGUCAUCAUAGAAAGUGUGCGUGCGUGCGUUAGUGCGUUCGCUGUUUACUGAAUAGAAUUUCUGUUCAGGUUUAAUGCAUUGUCCUUUUUAUGAUUCUUAUAGAAUCUGGAAUUAAAACUUGUCUUCGUUUUCUCUCUGAUGGCCUCUGACCAUGACCUCAACUGUAGUAAAAUAUACUUUGGUCCAACUGUUGUUAGUUGUGAGUCCUGAAGAACCACUGAAUCUCUGUAUGAGCUAGAAGGUCUUUCAAGCCACUUUCUAUCUAUUAAGAACUCACCUGUAAAGGCCAGUACAAGCAAUAAAUAUUACCUGCUAAAGCUGUUACUAGUACAUGUAAUGCAUGUUUGUAAUUUUUUUAUUGUGAUGUCUGAAGGGGCAGAAUAUUUAAUCUGUGAAAAGUGGUCAUGGU